AUUUAUAAAUAAAAAAAGCAGCCGCAGCGCCCAGUGUCCCUCACUCAUUCCAUCUUUUUUUAUAUUUUGGUUUUAUUCUAUUCUAGGGUUUAUUAAUCCAUCCAUCUUUAAAGUGGUUUUGGUUUUGAAUAGUUGGUUUCUCUUGUUAGACAAUAUGGCUUCGGUUCAUUGUCCUCGUAUUGUUUCAAACCAUCAACAUGCUCAUCCUGCUGGGCACAUAUCUAGUCUUCAUUUACCUAGCUUUGCAGAUAAAAAUCUGCCUUUUAAAUCCACCCUAAACUUUGGGUUUUCGUCUCUGAAAUCAAAGCCUUUCAAACCUAUUUUAAGGGCUGAAUCACAGCUACUUCAUUGUGCUGGGGGUGGUAGUGGUAUUGGUGGCGUCGGACAUAGCGGCGGAGGUGGUGGUGGUGGAGGCAGUGGCGAUGGCGGUGGAACUUUAGAUAGUCUUGGGCCGAUGGGCUUUCUUCUUAGUGGGUGGAGAGCAAGGGUGGCUGCUGAUCCCCAGUUUCCGUUUAAGGUCUUAAUGGAGGAAGUGGUGGGUGUGAGUUCGGCUGUUAUCGGUGACAUGGCAUCUCGUCCGAAUUUCGGACUCAACGAGCUUGAUUUCGUCUUUUCAACACUUGUUGUAGGAUCCAUUCUCAAUUUCACGCUUAUGUAUCUAUUAGCACCCACUAUGGGAUCUACAACAGCAGGCCUGCCUUUCAUUUUUGCCAACUGUCCUACAAGCCACAUGUUUGAACCUGGUCCGUUUAGCCUCAUGAACCGUUUGGGAACACUUGUAUACAAAGGAACUCUGUUUGCAGCUGUCGGUUUUGGCGCUGGCCUUGUGGGAACUGCUCUAUCGAAUGGGUUGAUCAAGAUGAGGAAGAAGAUGGAUCCCAACUUUGAGUCUCCAAACAAACCGCCACCCACAUUGUUGAAUGCUAUGACUUGGGCAGCUCAUAUGGGUGUGAGUAGUAACCUAAGGUACCAAACUCUUAACGGAAUCGAGUUCUUGCUGGCAAAAGCGCUGCCACCUGUUCUGUUCAAAGCUUGUGUGAUUGGAUUGAGAAUGACAAACAAUGUUCUUGGCGGGAUGACGUUUGUGAUGUUGGCAAGGGUAACCGGAUCACAGAGUUCUGGUGCAGAAAAGGAGACCGAGAAGAAUGCUAGUCUUCUUGAUGAGGAGCAUCGGGUUCAGCUCAAGUGAAUGUUUAUGUGUAUUCAUGUGUUUUUAUAUCAAUCUAUAAAAGGUAAAUCGAUAUUAGGAUCUAUGAAAGCUGAAUGAUUUUUUGCCAUGUUCCUUGAAUUUGGGUAUCAAUCAGCUUACUUUUUGAUCGUUUCUACCGCAAUAAGAGGAUCUGAGACAGUCGAGCUAGGUUUUUAGAUUGUGUUUAGAGACUUGUUUUUAGCAUUUUCCAGUAUGGAUAGUUGCGUUAUUGCUUUCUUUGCAUUAAUAAAGUCCUCCAGUUUUACUUA